UACCGAGUCGAAAAAGUGUUUCGUGUACCUUAGGCCGUAGCUCGGAAUGGAGCUCUCGAUUUCAAAUGGAGUGGGAGUGCAUGUCAUUCCCACGAGGAGUCCUGUCCCCUGAAAUCAUUAUGCAUCACGUCACUCUGAACCUGCACUACCAUGAGUGAUAUUGUCGUUCGAGAGGUCACAAAAGAUGUCUGGAUCUUCUCCAGACCCUUUGCACGACUUGGAAUAUUCCCUAUGGGAGGACGAUCUACUGCUAUCAAAUUGCGACAGGGAGGCGUUUGGGUACUUGCAUCGACUCCGCUGACACAAGAUACGCGCAAUAAGAUAGAUGAACUCGGUGAAGUCAAAUACAUCAUAGGUGCCGACGCUGUUCACCACCUCUUCCUUGGAGAGUUCAAAAGGGCUUACCCCAAUGCAAAGUUGAUUGGCGUUGAAGGUGCCAUAAAUAAUAUGAGCGACAAGACCCUCCAAUUUGAUGGUUUGUGGGGCCGUGACCCUCCCGGCACAAACUAUGGCUUCGAGGACGAGAUUCAACAUUGCUAUUUUUCAGGUUUUAGAAACAAAGACGUGGCUUUUCUGCAUAUGCCAUCAAAGUCACUUAUUGAAGCAGAUUUACUUCUAAAUCUACCAGCUAAUGAACAAUAUUCAAAGUCAUCCUCUUCGGCCUAUGGUAACAUCAAGCCGGACUCGUGGAUACAUAGGGCCAUUAUCAAGGGCACAACUGUUGACGCCGAAGCUAUGCGCCGCGAUGCAACGACAGUUGCUAACUGGGACUUCGAUCGAAUCAUCCCUUGUCACGGUGAUGUAAUCGACACAGACGGCAAUAGGAUGUGGAGAGCCUUGUACAACGCAUUCAUCAACUGAAAAUCAAACUAUUCUUGACAAAGCUCAUCUACUAGUUCUCGUAUGCAUAUCUUACUGGUCCAGAAUACAAAACGAGAUAGCUCGUUCAGAAAACCCGGUGUUUCGUUCGCAGCCUAUCUACAAGCAGCC